UCGUUGCGAUGAAAACGAAAUACUUUGCUGUGAAAAUCCGAUUUUUAUUUAUUCAAAAUUAUCCGACCCACUUCGAUCGGCUAAACCCGGUGGUGUAACAAUAAAAUGUAAUUCCGAACACAAUUUGACCGGAACCACCACAUCAAAGUAAUCAGUAGUGUCAGCAGUCCGACGAAACGUCAAACAAUUCAUCUGAUAAAUGUUCCACAUCACUUUCACCAUUUUUACCCGUACACCAACGACAACACAUAUUAUACAGUUCUGUUGCCAAAAAUAUUUCGAAUUGUCGCUACGCCGCUAGUGAAACAACCAAUUUUAACUUAGAUUUUCUUCAUUUAUUUGACAAUAUGAACAUUCCGAACGAAUAUCUCGCGAAAACAGAGGACAUAGCGGAUCAAGUGAUUAGGAAAGGAAAAUACGUCCUACCAACACUAGCCCGACUAUGUUUAAUAGCAACGUUCCUCGAAGAUGGAUUACGAAUGUACUUCCAAUGGAAUGAACAAAGGGAAUACAUGGAUAUGAGUUGGGGAUGUGGAAAGUUCUUAGCUACAGUUUUCGUCAUAGUUAAUUUAUUUGGUCAAUUGGGUGGUUGUGUCAUGGUCAUGGGACGAUUGAAAGUCGAAAUUGCCUGUGGACUACUGUUUUUCAUUGUUGUUUUACAAACUGUAGCUUACUCAAUUCUAUGGGAUAUUCAAUUCUUACUCCGGAAUUUGGCGCUGAUCGGCGCACUGCUGCUGGUAUUGGCCGAAUCUCGAGUGGAAGGACGAAGUUUAUUCGCUGGUGUUCCGUCACUCGGUGAAAAUAAGCCGAAAAAUGUAAUGCAACUUGCUGGACGAUGCCUGCUCGUAUUCAUGUUCAUUACAUUGAUUCGAUUUGAGCUCAGUUUUCUGCAGAUCGUUCAAGACAUUGUCGGCUCAAUUUUGAUGGUUUUGGUGACCAUUGGUUAUAAGACAAAAUUGGCAGCGUUGACGUUGGUGUUGUUAUUGACCGUACUUAAUCUGUACCAUAAUGCAUGGUGGACAAUACCCGCAUACAAACCGCUGAGGGACUUCUUGAAGUACGACUUCUUCCAGACAUUAUCCGUCAUCGGAGGACUACUGAUGAUUGUAUCAUUAGGACCGGGUGGUGUAUCAAUGGACGAGCAUAAAAAGAAGUGGUAGAAGCGAAUUUAAUUAAAGUAAAAGAAAAAUGAUUCAAGAGACAAAUCAUCCUUCCUUUUUACAAUAUCCUCCCUCAUAUAAUUUUACAUUUUUACAUCCAACAAACUGUUUCGUCAUAUAAAUUAAAAGCGCCGCCGGCUGACUGUACAUACUUAGGGAACAUUUUCAUUUUUGUUUUAAUCGAACGGAAGAGAUUGACGACGAGGAUACAGAUUAGACAGACAAGCUACAUCCAUCAAACAUAUUUGACAUUUUGUCGGUAACGAGAAGAAAAGUGUUGUUGAUUUUGAAACGGAAUUUUUGUUUUUAAUUUAUUUUUAUUUUGUUGAAACGAAUUUGUGUUGAAUUUCCAAUCAGUUUUUCUUCCACAUAAAUUGCCUCGGUACAUACAAUUCCAAAAAAAAGUCUUUUUCUUUACAUUGAUUCCUUGACCACACACCAUCAGUUAUCGUCGAAAAAUCAUUUUUUUUUUAACGAUCCGUGCUGAUUUAUCGACAACGAACCAACAUUUUUCAUGUCCAGUCCAUAGAGUUUGUUGCAUUUUUUUUUUCUAUUUUAUUGCCUCGCCCAUGCGAAAAUUGAUCAUUACAUUGUAGUUUGCCCGCGGCGAAAAUGAUCCAUUGCACGAAGAAUAUUUUUGUUUUUUGAUAAUCAAUUUUCGCAUGGGACAGGAAUACAUUGGAUGCUGCUACGUAAUUUAUUAAUUCGGAAACGACAUUUUGAUACUCGCAAACUCGAUCAUGUGUCUUUUUCAAACAACUUGCUUCGGUAACUGUUUGUUUUAAACCUGCGGCUCGGAAAUGCAACCUUUACAGUUCUCGAAAAGAUAGUUAGAAAUUGUUCGAAAAGUCGUACACUCAGAGACAGUGAAAUUUCAGCAUGAAUUUGAGUCAACUGGUUUUCAGCUGAUCCACACAACUGUUUAUAUAUUACGGUUGAAGAUGUCUAUGCACACACAUGAUAGUGGUAAAACCGUAUAAGGACGUAUAAACAGUUUUGCUUGUCUGUGUGGAUCAGCUGAAAAACAGCUGAAGCAAAUUCAUGCUGAAAUUCCACUGCCUCCAACUGUAAAAUAUUCCUUGAAUUUUCUGGUUUUUCUUAAAUUUCAAAAAAAAACAUGAAAAUGCAAGAAGUUUAAAGUAAUUUAAAGUCGCCAAUUUGUUAAUUUUCUGAAUUUCGAGAACUUGCAAAGAAAAAACUAAAAAUGAUUUCUCAAAACUAUGCCCUGGUAACUACCGAAGUUUGUUGUUCAAAGAUCACUUUUGUGAGUUUGGUUGUUGUCCCAAAAUUGUUCCUCAUAUAAUGAAUCACUUUCGCAGCAUCAAAUGUAAUCUAAACUAUUACGUAUCGUUGCGUUGUAAUUAUCAUUUUUUGUUUGUAAUUAUUUUCGUAUAUAGGUAGAAAGAGAGAGCAAGAAAUUAAGGAUCACUAAAAAAGAGAAAAAGAAGAAAAAUAAAUAAAGAAGAAAAUGAA